GAGGAGUUGGAAAAACUGCCAAACAUACCUGCAAUUGCCCAAGCCAACGCUCUUCAACAUACCCUUACCCAGAUCCUCGCUCAAAUAACUCAAAUAAACACUCGAAUGGAUCAAAUGGAAACUCGAAUGGAUCGAAUGGAAACUCGAAUGGAUCGAAUGGAAGCUAAACUUAACGCUCUCAGUACUCAAAUCUCUACAAGUGAACAUAAUCAUAUGGCACGAGUUCAGAAUUCCCUCCUUGCAAGAACUACAGAUCGACUUGAACCACUCUUAAAUCCCUCAACCAAGACCGCAAUCGAAGGAUAUCCUACAAACCCAAGAGAAAUAACAACGAUGGAAGACGCGAGACUUAUUUCUGUCCUAGAGCAGUUAGGAUUACCUACAAAUGGAGGAAGACUAGCAAGAGAGAAACGCUUAAGACAGAGCAUUGGUCUUCCACCAAUUGCUGGU